AAUAUCCAAAUUUUUGGAAAAGUAAUCAAUCCUGAAUCUGCAUACAUAAGAGCAACAUGGAAUUUUUCAAGAGCUUUCUACAAGCUAUUGGCAUACUGGAGCCUACCAAAGUGGAUUUCAUUUCUGAAUUGCCACUGGAAGUAUCACAGAUGAUUCUUCGCAAUUUGGAUGACGAAUCUUUGCUGUGUGCUGCUCGAGUAUCGCGAAAAUGGUUGCAAAUCUGCAAAUUCGAUAAAAUUUUAAGACAAACUGCAAGGCUCCAUAAACAACAAAUCAGAAGAAAAAUGAGGGAACAAAUUUUUGGACGAGAUUCACCGUCAAGGAUUGAAUCGUUAAGAAGAAUACAAGAAUUGAGAAAAGAUAGAAAUGUAGCAAGCAUAAGGAUAAAAACGACAGUAGUCUUUGGUAAUAGAAGAAUCCCACCACCAAGAAAUAUAAAGGUAAGUAAUUCCUCAACUAGAAAAUCUCGUAAUAUAAAUAAAUGUAUUAGAAUAUAAUAUAUUAAUUUAGUUUAGGUUAAGUUGUAUAUUAUAAAUUUAAGUACAUUUAUAAUUUUCUGAAGUAUUUAAAUUAAAUUUUUAAUUAAGUUAAUUUUUAAGAAUUUGUGAUUAAAUGUAAUUUCGAUGUUUUAAGAAAUGUUAGCGUUAAGAAAAAUAAAUAUUUGUAUUAGAAUAAUAUAUUAUAAAUUAAUAUUUAUUGAUUUUAUGCAAUGCAUAAUAAUAAGGUUUUUAAUUUAAUUAGGAAUCUUAGAAUUUAAUUUAAUGUAUUUAUUUUAUAUCUAUUAAGUAUUUUUUAUAUUUGUAAUUUAUUAUGCUUUAUAUUUAUAUUCAGUUACUAUAUUAUUUAUGUUAAAUUAUUGUUCAAUAUUUAAUUUUUUUGAUAUGUAUAUCCUUUUUUCACAAUUUAUGACAUACAAAUAAUUGAAUCUUAAUG